AUGACAGUCCUGGAUGACAUUCGGAUGCUUCUGCAUUCGAUAUGCCAUGCUCCUCUGAAGAAUACACUCGAGGAGCAUAUUGAGUACAUCAAAGGUGUUCAAAAGCAAGCCUGUGCGAUCUUAUCUGUGUUGGACGCGGCCUCGUCCAGCGACAGAUCGGACAACAUGAGCGACACAAUGAGUCUGCUGUCCUUGGAUCCUAGUGUCACCUUUGAGCAAACGAUGACCACAGAUCUGGAUGUCGCCGUACUACAUGCCUCGCCCUUUCUGUUGCGUCUUCCAGACAAGCGCUACGUUCCUCUGCCCGAGCUCAACAUCAAACAGGAGCAACACCGCCUGCAUCGCAUCUUCGCCGACUCGAACCGCGCACUGCGCACCGUCCAUGGCGUGAUGUCGGUGGAUUCUUUGCGGAAGGUUUUGGAUCGAAACGUGACGGUACUGCAUUUCAGUGGCCACGGAGGUGGAGCAAACGAAGCGGACCAGGACUUCCUCGUGUUCGAGGACUGCAAUGCGACUGGACUGGGCCACCUCAUCGACUCCACCACACUACAGUCGAUUCUUUGCAGUGGUCUGCCUACACCAUCCCUGAAGCUCGUCUUCGUGUCGUCCUGCCACUCGCGCCAAGUUGGCGAAGUCUUCCUCCGCGCAGGCGUCCAGCACGUGGUGUGCGUCAAACAAAACGAAAAGAUCCUGGACGAAGUCAGCAUCAUCUUCUCACAAGCCUUUUACCACGCGAUUCUACACGGGAAAACAGUGCCCCAGGCGUUCGCCAUCGCCCAGACUCGCGUCAGUGCCGAGACAACCAACCAAUACAAAGUCGAGAGCGGCAAGUUCGUGCUCCUUCAGCGAUGCAGGUGCGAUGCUCUGGAGCGCCAAGACGACUGCAAGUGCGUCUUCGAGCCUCUAUUUUUUGACGUUCCCCAUGGCAAGUUCUUUAACUUGCAGCUCCAUAAUGCUCAGAAGAAGUACAUGCUUCCAGCACUGCCCCCGAUUGUCCUUGGUCGUGAAAUGGAGCUCCACACAUUGGCCAUGUUGGUUCAUGCCCCUGGCGGCCUCGUAACCGUUCGUGGCGCCCCAGGCAUUGGGAAGAGCACGGUAGCUCUCAAAGUCGCCCAUUUCAUGCAUGAGCGUCAAGUGUUUGAGGAUGGGGUGGUCUUUUGCAACGUUCGCGGCCUCACGACCGUUGAAUCACUCGAAGCAUCCAUCCGAUCCACUCUUUUGGCUGAGGAUUCGAUGAACGUGAACGCCCCUUUGCACACUUUACUCCAUCAUACUCUGGUUAUCAUCGACCACGUUGACGACACUUGCCGCGGACCGUUUCGAAGCUUUUUGGUCAGUCUCCUGUCGCAGUCCCCACGUGCGAAAUUUGUCGUGACGUCGACUCAGGCACUGGACAUGACGGACGAGAAGGUCGUCGAGCUGCACCGCCUCGCGCCUUCCCAAGCGGCCCGUUUGUUUCUGAAGAAAGCUCCUCGUGCAUGCCACCGACUCGACUUUCCCGAAGAAAUCACUAAGCCGCUCGAUGUUGAAUUGACGCACCAUCCCCUCUUAGCAUACCUUGAUGGCCAUCCCCAGGCUAUCGCUCUCUGUGCAUCGCUCCUACAAGACAAAACAUUACCCGAACUGACCCACGCAAUCUGUUCCCAAACCACGUCCCUUCCUCCACUUAUGACAUCGCUCCAAGUCGCCAUCUCGUCGUUGUCCGACCCAGACACAAUGCGCUUCUUCGCGUUGCAAGGAUACCUUCCUGCUGGCGCUCUCGCUUCGGACUACCGCGCGAUGUUUGACCGGGAUUGGGAGCGCCAUGCGUCUGUCCUUUGCCGGUACUCGCUUCUGCAGAAGCAGCAUCACUUCCCCAUCAAGUGCACGCCGCGACAAAAGGACAUCCACCACGAAGCGCUCUUGGCCGCUUUGCAGGACUACGACAAAUACGUCAGUGGCACAACGCGGACCAUGCGGCCGGCCAUGGAACGGAGCCGAUCGUCCGUGGAAGAGUCGCUCCAGAAGACAAUCUCACACGCCCACCUCCAGAGUUUGUCCAUAUUGUUUUCAACAUUUCCGUUCAUCACGAGCUACGCUCGGCGGUGGGUGCGCGCUCCAGAUGCCAUUCGAUGGACAGCCCAUUUUGCCAAGUCGAUGCGGUGGACACACCAGUACAUCGGGACGUUUUCGUCCUUUUCAAACGCCGCGUAUUUGAUUCUAGACAUUCAUGAGGCCAAUGCGUGGAAUUGCAUAGAGCGCUACGAGCAAGGCAGCAACGACAUGCCCAGCAACCUACCCACCGAACCAACCUCCGAACAUGAGAGCUCGGAUAGCCCAAAUCAAGCUACGCCGGACGAAACAUCGACUGGCCCAUCUGGCGAAAAACCACCCCUUCGAAAGAAGAAGCGACAGCCCAAGUGGGCUUCAGCAACAGCUUCUCUCGCAUGCUACUUCGCCCACACAUUGUUCCUGGCAGGCCGACACGAAGGCGCAUGUCGAGCCGUGAAAAGCGGACUUGAUAUCGCCAAAGCUCAUGGUCUCAAGACUGUUCAAGCAAACUUGACGAAGCUGUGGGCAACAAUCUUAGUCCAAGAAAAAAAGGUGGAGGAGGCCAAAGUUCAGUUCGGCCUCGCGCUGUUACUGUAUAGAGCUGGGGACAACAAGAUUGGCCAGGCAUCAACGUUGACUGGCAUUGGGAUGGUGCAUUCCCGCCAAGGCAACUUGCGGGCAGCCCACUCUAGUUUUACAAAAGCCCUCGCCUUGUACGAGUGGAGCAAUCACGUCCUUGGACAACUCAACUGCCACCAGCGGCUCGGCCACCUCGAGAAGAAGUUGAAAAUGGGAGAUGAAGUUGAAUUGACCCAACAUUAUGCUGCCAGCAGGCGUUUGCAAGGCGACUUGAACAACAAGAAAGAAGACGAGCUUGUGCGGUGGGUGGGUCACGAAAUGAGUUUGUUGCUGGAAAUAUCGGUGGAUAUAACAAAAAGACUUCCGUCCAAGAUCAGAACCGACGACGGGAAGCAACAUGACGACGAAGACGUCAGCAGCUUUGCGCGGCGGAAGAGCUACGACAGUACCCGCCGGCGACCCAUCGGUGGUGCCAAGAUCUUCCUUUGAUUCGACGUCUUCGUUGCCACACCAGGGUAUAAUGGUGAUACAAACGAAUGUGUGGAUCACGACAUUCAUGGAAAGUCAGGCUUCUAAGAGCAUGCUCUUUCAUCAAGUU